AUGAGUAGAGACAUGGACUCAACCAUACGGACUCAAUUCGAGCUGUACGGGCGCAUUACACGCUCGUACGAAAACUUGCGGAAGUCGGGGUCCGCCAACAUUACUGUCGGGCUGGUGGAGGCACGACUUCAAGCCCUGGAAGCCAACUGGGCGAAAUUCGAACACAACCACGAUAAGCUCACCACAUCCUGGGAGGCCUUACGCGAGACCGACUACGCCAAGAAGGACAUGUUAACGCUAACAGAGGAAGCGUACCUCACUCAGAAGGGCAUGCUCUCAGAAGCGCUCUACCGUCUCAAGUGCGAGAGAAACGAGGCGUCCGCUGCGAGCACACCGUUAUCACAGCCGCCGCGAACGACCUUGCCGAGGAUACAACUUCCUCAGUUCUCCGGGUUGUACGAGGACUGGCCGUCCUUCCGAGACCUCUUUCAUUCCCUCAUUGGAAAGGAUGUCUCGGCUAGCAACGUCGAGAAACUUCACUAUCUCAAGGCGUGUCUCAAGGGAGAAGCGGAACUCCUCAUCCGCAGCCUGCCCACAACAGGGGAGAAUUUCGAUCGCGCGUGGAAGGCUCUCACGGACUACUACGAGAACAAGCGCCUGCUCGUGCGAUCGUACAUCGCGAGGUUCCUGGCUCUUCAACGUGUGAAGGGUGAGUCGAGCACAGAUUUGCGUGCGCUUUAUCACGGCGUUUUGAACACCGUCGGCUCCCUCGAGAGCAUCGGUCGACCGAUAACGAGCGGCGAGGACUUGUUUGUCCACCUCGUUGUCGAUCUCAUGGACUCCCAGUCCCGCCGAGAAUGGGAGAACGCGAUAAGCGACACGACGGAUCCACCGGCGUACAAGGAGCUGAUCCAAUUCCUCGACCGACGGCUGCACACGGUCGAGUCGCUGCAACCGUCCAAGCCGGAACCGAGUACCGCAAGACCGGGCGCGACGUCCGGGCGUUCUCCGCGCGUGCAUAAUGUACGGAAAUCGGACGGCAAUCGCGGCCAAUGCUCCUUGUGUCACAAGGAGCAUUACAUAAUGUUUUGUGACGCGUACAAGGCCAAGACAGCGGCGGAGCGACGGCAGCACGUAGAGAGACAUCAGCUGUGCUUCAACUGUCUCGGGAAGCACAAGGUGAGUGACUGUUCGUCGAAGAAGACGUGUUCGAUCUGCGAUGCGCGUCAUCACUCGACGCUACACGACGCGUGCAAAACAACCGAAGUCGCCAAAUCAUCGCUGUCCGCGAACCGAGCUUCGAAAGCAACGUCGGCUGUGCUUCUCGCGACGGCGCGCGUCCGCGUGGCCGACAAGUUCGGCGUAUUUCACACUGCACGAGCCCUCAUCGAUCAAGGAUCCGAAGUGUCAAUCGUCGCUGAGUCACUGGUCCAGCGAUUGCAAUUGUCCCGGACUCCUGCCUCGACAGACAUUGUCGGCGUUGGCGGGCAACUCACGGGCUCUCGGGGCCGAGUCGAGCUCGCGCUCACGCCGCUGCGCGACGGUCCGCCGCUGCGGGUUUCAGCGCUCAUCUUACGCCAGCUGACGCUCUACACCGGUGGCAUUCGAGUGAGUCGCAACACGUGGCCACACAUUAAUGGCAUCGAGCUCGCCGACCCGGACUUCUUCGCAGACGACUCAGUUGAACUUCUUCUUGGAGCGGAUGUCUGCGCAACCAUUCUCCAACCCGGCCUUCGACGUGGAGGGCGUCGGCAGCCAGUGGCCCAGAGGACAACUCUGGGUUGGAUUCUUUCGGGUUCCGUCGGCACUCCAGCCACCACCCGGUCCGCCCAGACUCACCACUGCUGCAGCGACGGCGAUCUUCACGACUUGGUGCAGGAGUUUUGGCGACAGGAGGAGGUCGUGGCCAAGGCCAUUCCACCCACCACGGAAGAGCAGGAAGCCGAGGACCACUUCGUCCGGACACAUACGCGAGACACCAGCGGUCGCUUCGUCGUGCGUCUGCCUCUCAGACUGCCGCUCCCAGACCUCGCGGGAACGAAGCGCACCGCAGCCCGCCUGCUCGGGCAAAUGGAACACAAGUUCGCUCGAGACGAACAGCUGAAACAACGGUACACGGACUUCAUGCGGGAGUAUGAAGUCCUGGGGCACAUGUCCCUCGUCCAGCCGGCCGGCGCUGCAAGGCCGGCCGACUGCUACCUGCCUCACCAUGGCGUGAUGCGCAAGGGGAACUCAGCCAAAAUCCGAGUCGUCUUCAAUGGCUCAUCCACGGUUCCUUCAGGAGCCAGCCUCAACAGGCAUCUCAAGGUGGGACCCAACCUGCUGCCCGCCUUGGAGGACAUUUUGCUGCGGUGGCGAGUCCAUCGCUUCGUGCUGGCGAGCGACAUCGAGAAGAUGUAUCGCCAGAUUCUCGUUGCGCCGGAGGAUCGCCAUCUCCAGAGGAUUCUGUGGCGCUACGAGGACCAGACUGCUCCGCAAACCUACCAGCUCAAUACAGUAACAUACGGACUGGCCUGCGCUCCGUUCCUGGCGUUGCGCUCCUUACGACAACUCGCCGAUGACGAGGAGGUCCACUUCCCCCAUGGCUCAGCGGCGCUGCGCCAGGAUGUCUACAUGGAUGACAUCCUCACGGGCGCACCCUCCAUCGAGGAAGCCAUGGACCUCCAGCGGCAGCUAACGGAGCUGUGCACGGCGGGCGGGUUUCCGCUCAGGAAGUGGUCGGCCAAUGACCCCCGCCUACUAACGCGCAUUGCGCCGGAGCACCGGUCACACCGUGACCUAUGGUCGUGGACGCCGCAGGAGAGUCACGCCACUCUCGGUCUCCACUGGCAUCCGAGCGGAGACCACUUUUCCUUUUCCACCAGGUCCAUCAAGGUGCCAAUCUACACGAAGCGGUCCGUCCUCUCGCUGACGGCCCGCCUCUUCGAUCCACUGGGCUGGCUAGCUCCGACCAUCAUACGGGCCAAGAUCUGGUUUCAGUCCACGUGGCUGCAAGGCGUGGACUGGGACACCUCGUUGGACGAGGCUAACGCGCAGCAGUGGAGCACUCUCCAGGAGGACCUCCCUCGUUUGGAGGAAAUUCGAGUCCCGCGACGCGUGCCCAUCGACCAUGCAGACGCCCGAAUCGAGCUGCAUGGCUUUGCGGACGCAUCCGAGCGGGCCUACGCCGCCGUCGUCUACGCGAGGACGGAAACCCGCCACGGGGAAACCACGAUUAUUCUCCUUUCAGCAAAGACCAGGGUAGCGCCGUUGAGGACGGUGUCACUACCCCGCUUGGAGCUCUGCGCGGCCUCGUUACUCGCCCGGCUAGUGGUGCACCUCCGCCAGACUCUCGGAACAGGAGGCGCGCCCAUCCAUCUGUGGUCCGACUCGACGGUCGCCUUGGGCUGGAUCCGCGGCCACCCCUCACGCUGGAAGGUCUACGUCGCGAACCGCGUCGCCGAGAUUCAGGCGGCCUUGCCGGGAGCAUACUGGCACCAUCUUCCGGGGACGGAGAACCCUGCCGACUGCGCAUCGCGGGGAAUCUCCCCGAGCGAACUAGUCGCUCAUCCCCUCUGGUGGAGGGGUCCACUCUGGCUUUCGGAGGGCCCAACGUCGUGGCCGUCAUCACGAGAGGAGGAGCUCAUCGGGGACCUGCCGGAGGAGCGCGUCAGAGCGCACGCUGCCGCUGCGCCGUUGCCGGAGGUGACCGAACCAGAGGAGCUGACACGAUUCUCCUCGCUCAAUCGUCUGUUGCGAGUGACGGCGUGGUGCCGGCGAUGGCGGCGCGUGCGUGCGGUCAAGCACCCGUCGCUCAUCGCAGCGAGCCUGCCCUCGGCAAAGGGCACGCUGUCGGCCUCCGAAUGCGACGACGCUCGUAUAGCAUGGAUCCGGGUGGUGCAGGCUGCCGCGUACAAGGAGGAAUUGAGAGCGCUCGCGCGGGGAGCGUCCAUGCCGAACAAGAGCAAUCUUACCAAACUCACUCCAUUUACAGAUCCUCUAGGCAUCCUGAGGGUUGGCGGGCGGAUCAAGCACGCCCUCCUGUCGUACGACGAGAGGCACCCGAUGAUCCUGCCCAGAUCAUCCCACUUCACGCAGCUCAUCGUCGAGGAGUGUCACCGGCGAACGAUGCACGGAGGCGUGCAGCUCACCCUCGGGUCCAUUAGGCAAAGCUACUGGAUCCCUAGAGGACGUCAAUUGGUGAAGGCCACAAUCCAGCGGUGCGUCACCUGUGUCCGCUGGCGGGCGGUCACGCAACAGCAGCUUAUGGGAGACCUGCCACGGCUCCGCGUCACUCCUGCGAGGCCAUUCUGGCGCACCGGCGUAGACUACGCCGGCCCCAUCCAGUUGCGCACAACAAAGGGUCGCGGACACCGUUCGUACAAGGCCUUUGUCGCGGUCUUUGUGUGCCUUAGCACAAAGGCCGUGCACCUCGAGGUCGUGUCAGAUUACUCGGCUGAAGCCUUCCUGGCCGCCCUGAGGAGGUUUACAGCGCGACGCGGGCUGUGUCGCAGCCUCCACAGCGACUGCGGUACUAACUUCGUCGGAGCCGACGCGCAGCUCCGAGCCUUCUUCGCCGCGAGCAACCCAGCACAGCGCCAAAUCGCCGAUCAGCUGGCCACCGACCGCAUCCAUUGGGACUUCAACCCGCCCUCAGCACCUCACUUUGGCGGCCUGUGGGAAGCGGCGGUGAAGUCGCUCAAGCACCACCUCCGCAGGGUGCUAGGAGAGUCAACACUCACCUACGAGGAGAUGAGCACCCUCCUCACGCAAAUCGAGGCCUGCAUGAACUCGAGACCGCUACAAGCAUUGACGGACGAUCCGGACGACGUAGCGGCCUUGACUCCAGGGCACUUCCUCGUGGGAGCGGCCCUCAAUGCCGUCCCAGAGCCGAAUCUCCUGGACGCCCCAAUCGGCCGACUCUCGCGCUGGCAGCUCGUCCAAAGAAUGCGCGAUCAUUUCUGGAGCAGAUGGUCCCAGGAGUACCUCCACUCGCUCUCCCAGCGACCCAAAUGGUGGAUUUCCAACAGCGAGGUCCGCGUCGGGCGUUUUUGUCUUAUCCGGAGCGACAACACGCCGCCAACACGAUGGCCUCUCGCCCGGAUCAUCAACGUGCACCCAGGAGACGACGGGAGAGUCCGCGUGGUCACCAUCCGCACUGCCACCUCAGAGCUGACUCGUCCGAUCGUCAAAAUCGUCCUCUUGCCGGAGAGCCGCUCCGACGAGCAAGAGGACAACCCCGCGCCUCACGGGCGCAAUGCCUCUCUGGGCUAG